CCGAGAAGACGUGACGUUGAGUCAAAUUCGGGUUUACGUGUUUAGUGCAUUAAACAGUAACUAAAGUUCUGUGCUGGCUCCUCCUCUGCUCUUCACGCUUGUGAACCUCGUUGAUCGGACUGGACGUCUCUCUUCAUGCGGACAAAAUGGGGAAGUGUUGGUUGGAGCAGAUGUCUCUGUGGUCACGGCCCUUUACCACAGUUACACAUACAGUAUGAUGUGAUAGAAAACACACAUUGGACAACAUGAGGCCUGCAUAUAAUAAAAAGGGAGUUACACAAAUGUUAGUUCAUGAAUUUGGGAUUGUUUAACUGAUGUUUCUGAAAUAAAUCUUUUUCAUAACUUCUAGUAGUCACUGCACUUUUCUCUAAACGUCCUCAUGGAUGCAUUUUUUCACGCACGUUUCCAGUCGAGAGCACCUCUUCAUUUUCACUACCUCUUUUCCUCCGGCUUCUACUUCCUCUCUUCAUGCUCUUUAAAUUCUCUCUUCACGCCCUUCUCUUCACGCCCUUAAAAGUAUUCCUUCUCUCGUCUUUUCUCAGUUUUCUAAUCAGGAAUCAUCGGGAUGGGCCAGCCGACCGACCUUCACCUCGCCCUCCUGCUCCUCUUCCUUGCACUGUGCUGGGGUCAGAGGUCAAACCCAGAUGUCAGGAGGCCGUCCUGCGAUCGCUGUGACCGGCGGCUCGUCUGCAACUGCUCCUACGGCGGAUGGACUUGCGUUCCCAUGGUAACGGACCGGGCGCUGACACUCGACCUCUCCUUCAACUACAUCGCCGCGGUAACGGGCGACGAUCUGACAGGACAUGGGGUGCUGGGGUCCCUCAGUCUCCAUGGUAACAAGCUGGCCGCCAUCCACCCGUCAGCAUUUGACGCCCUGUGGAGCCUGGAGGAGCUCGAUCUGUCCGACAACCAGCUGACCGCCCUCAACCGCAGGUGGUUCAUCAAGCUGGGGGCUCUGCGGGAGCUCAACCUGCUGCACAACCCAUACAGCUGCCUGGGUUCUCACGCGUUUCAGACGCUGGUCCAGCUGAGGAGGCUGAGGUUUGGAGGUCCUGCUCUGGAGGAGCUGAAGAGAGGAGACUUGUCUGGAGUCGCUGGGUUGGAGGAGCUCACGGUGCACGCCAACAACCUGACCAGGUAUGAAACCGGUGCUCUGGGGUACGUUUGGCCCCUGGAUCGCGUCACUUUGAGCCUCCGCGGCCCAUUUUUACAGAACACAGCCUUGGCCUCGGCUGUGCUCGGGGACGUGUCUUACCCUGAGACGCAGCUCGUUCUGGAGGACCUCCAUGUGAUGAGGAAUCAGUCUGUUCAGCCCUUCAGAGAGACAGCCAGCAGGAGAGUCAGGAAAAUCACCUUCCGCAACUUUUCUGUGUCUGACGAGGCCAUCGUUGAUCUUCUCAUGGUGAUGAAUGGAGCGCCGCUCACCUCGUUGUUCAUGGACGCCAUCACACUGAUGGGCGAGGGCAGGUGGGAGCGAGCCAAAUGGACCGACCAUAAAAGCAUCGACGAGUUCUACAUACGUAACGCCGUGGUGCUGAAGGUCUUUCAUUUUGCCUCCUUUCUGGAGCUGUCUUUUCUGCUGCAAUACCCCAGUAAAGUGUCCGUCAUAAACAGUCAGGUGUUCGUGAUGCCCUGUAUCACGUCCCGCCUGCUGGUGAACCUCCAGUACCUCGACCUGUCCGACAACCUGCUGACUGACCUGACGAUGACUGAGACGCUGUGCAACGGAGAUGGCAGCCUGAAGGGCCUCCGAGUUUUAAACUUCAGCGGAAACGCUCUCAAGUCUUUGUCCACGAUGAGCCAGCAGGUAGCCAAGCUUUCCAAACUGACCCAUCUGGACAUCAGCAGGAACGGAUACAGCUCCAUGCCCAUGGGCUGCCCCUGGCCCUCCACCCUGCGAUACCUCAACAUCUCCAGGGCCAAACUCACCACCAUCACCCCGUGUCUACCCAUAACACUGGAGGUCUUGGAUCUGAGCAACAAUGAUAUCAAUGGCUUCAACCUGUUCCUUCCCGCCCUGAGAGAGCUCCACCUCUCUGGGAACAAGUUACUGAGGCUUCCCUCUGGAAGCCUGUUCCCCAAUCUGCAAACACUGAGCAUACAGUCGAACACCCUGAACACUUUCAGCCCCUCGGACAUCCGGGCGUUCGGGCGGCUCCAGGACCUCCGAGCGGGUCGGAACAAAUUCGUCUGUUCCUGUGAUUUUGUCAACUUCCUCCGGUCGGCCCUCCAAGGGGUUGGAGACGUGCGUCUGACCGAUGGAGAGGAGAGCUACGUCUGCGACUCUCCCCUCCACCUUCAGGGGGAACCGGUGGGUGGAGUCCGACUCUCUGUGGUCGUGUGCCACCGGGUUUUGUUCGUGUCCCUGAGCUGCGGGGCGGCACUGUUUGUGGGCAUGCUGGCGUGUGUCCUGCUGUGGCGCCUGCAUGCGUUCUGGUACCUCAAGAUGAUGUGGUCGUGGCUGAGGGCCAAGCGAAGCUCCCAGCGGCGGCGGCGCAGAGAUGGAGAAGAGUCGGAGCCGUUGCUGUCCUACGACGCCUUCGUGUCCUACAGCGAGAGAGACGCCGGCUGGGUGGAGAACUUCUUGGUACCUGAGCUGGAGGAGCCAAGCUUCUCCAGGGAGAACGAUGAAGACGCUACGACCCACAGGGCCCCCCGACCUCUGACCCUUUGCCUCCACAAGCGGGACUUCCUUCCUGGACACUGGAUCGUGGACAACAUCAUGAGCGCCAUGGAGCGCAGCCGUCGCACCGUCUUCAUCCUCUCGGAGAAUUUCGUCCUGUCGGACUGGUGCCGCUACGAGCUGGACUUCUCGCACUUCAAGCUGUUCGACGGCAGCGCCGGCGGAGAGGCGGCCAUCUUGGUCCUGCUGGAGCCGCUGUCCAAGGAGGACGUCCCCAAACGCUUCUGCAAACUGCGCAAACUCAUGAGCUCCAACACCUACCUGGAGUGGCCUCAGGAGGAGGAGGGGAGGGGCGAGUUCUGGAGGAGACUCCGUUGUGCUUUGGGAGGAGAAGACUGAGGGGAAGACCAUCUGCUUCAAUUGGAUCAUUCUGGUCUCCUCGUGUUUUAAUCAACUCAACUUUGUUCAAAUAACAAGAUACGGGAUACAUUCUUAUAAUUAAUAAAAUCCUUUCAAACUUAUAAUGCAUUUAAUGUGUAACCUUAAAGAUUGAGAUAAACCCGCUGUUGUGUAUAUUGCACAACAAUUAACCUUUUUUGUGAUGAUCUAAAUCAGUAAACGGUUACUUACAAUAAGUUUAUAAUUUAUAAUAUUUUCUAUUUGCAUUGAAAGUUAA